AUGAAGAGGCUGAUGAGGGAUGAGUCUUUAAUGCAGUCACUAAAGGUUGUGGUGGAAUGCGUGUCCCCAAGCACCAUCAUCACAGAAAAGCAGCUUCACAUAAAUGUUUCUGGUUUUUUUGCCUUGCUCUUGGUCGUUGUAGCAACUGUGAUGUUCUUUAACAUCUUAAGUCCCACUCAUGUCUCUUGGAUACCUGAUUUGAUUGAGACGAACUGUGGUGAUAAAGCCACAUUCAUUGCAGUAAGCAGGAAACUGAAGGAAAAUGGAAAUAGUAUCAAAAGUGGCAUUAAAAAUGUGGGUGGUAUGGGUAAAGUGAAUCUGAAUGAUUACAAUCCCAUUGAUCCAUCGCCAACAACUUCAUCAAAGGCUUUAAAUCCAGGACCUAUUGAGCAUGGAACCCCUCUCAAUCCAUACAUCCCAAAACCAUCACCUCCUGAUCAUCCUAAACCCGGAGAUGCUGGAGAUUCUGGCUAA